CAGGCCUGUCCAUCUUGUUUUUCUUCUGUUGUGUUAGAAGUGCGUGCCGGCGUUCGCGUUGCCAUGAGCUCAACAACUCUAACCACGGCGAAGAAGCGAAAACAGUUUUCUUUGAGCGAGAAAGUAAACAUUCUUCGCGAGAUAGAAGACGGGAAGAAGCAAUCCGAAGUGGCUAAAGAACGUGGAGUGGCGCGGUCGACGAUCGCCACGAUGCUCAAAGAUAAAGAGAAAAUCUUGAAGCACCAGCAAGAAUCUCAGCUUGCCCCAUCAAGGAAGCGACUGCGGCUCGGCGAUUACCAGAAUAUUGACGCAGCAGUGCUAACUUGGUUUAAAGACGUGAGAGCACAGAAUGUGCCCGUGUCAGGCCCAAUGCUGCAGGAGAAGGCGCGGCAGUUCGCUGCAAUUCUUGAGGUCACCGGCUUCGAAGCGUCUUCUGGCUGGCUCCACCGUUUUCGCCAACGAAACGGCGUAACCUGGCAGUCUGUGUCCGGCGAGGAGAAGGCAGCAGAUGAAGCAGCAGCAGCCACGUGGAGGGAGGAAAGCUUCCACGAAAUGGUCAAGUCUUACGCAGCAGCUGAUGUUUUUAAUGCAGACGAGACGGCCUGCUUUUAUCAGCUGCUCCCGGACAAGACAAUGCAUUUUAAAGGAGAACAAUGCAGAGGCAGCAAAAAGUCGAAGCUUCGCGUCACCAUGCUGUAUUGCUGCAAUGCAGAUGGCACUGAAAAGUUGAAGCCUCUGGUGAUCGGGAGGUUUUCGAAGCCGCGCUGCAUGAAAAACGUAGUGUCGCUGCCGUGCCAGUAUAGGGCGAAUCAGCGUGCCUGGAUGACCCGCGAGCUCUUUUCCGAGUGGCUGCUGACGGUAAACGAGAAGAUGAGGAAGGAGGAGCGGCACAUUUUGAUGAUUGUGGACAAUUGCUCGGCGCACAUUGUCAACAUACGCCUCACGAAUGUGCGGCUCGAGUAUCUGCCGCCGAACUGCACAUCAGUACUUCAGCCACUGGACCAAGGAAUAAUAAGGAGCGUGAAGUCGCACUUCCGGAAGCGCCUUGUUCAGCGGCUGCUCAUCAACCUGCGCCUGCAGCACUCGACAGCCAUCAACGUCCGACAGGCAGCGGAAAUGCUGACAGGCGCAUGGUGGAGCGUCACGUCCACCACCAUCCAAAACUGCUGGAAGAAGGCCGGCCAGACUAUCACAGAUGGCCAACCACAAACCGAUGAACCAGCAGCGGAGGACAGUUCGAGCGAGGUUUGGAGCGAGGUGGCCGAGCAGCUAGCCGUCGAUCCUUCAGUCACAUUUGACGACUAUGUCCAGUGUGACGACGCGACGUGGACCUCAGCGGAGCUUACCACUGAUGACAUCCUGCAGAGCGUCAAUGGUACGGCGACUCAAGAUGAGGAAUGCAGCGAUGACAUGGACGAUGACGUUGCGGCAGCACCCGAAGACCGCGACGAGUUCGUGUCUGCCGCAGAUGCCGAGCAGGAGGAACAGCGCGACAAGGUGAUCGACCCUGCAAUGUGGACAGAGGUCUGUCACCAGCUGGAUAUUGACAGCAACACUUCAUUUGAAGACUAUGUGCAGGGACAGUGA